AUGUUAUUAGGACACAUUGAAUCUCAUGAGGCUCAUGGUGUUGAUCACGCAGCCAAUAUAUCUUCAUCUGAUACUCCUCAUAAAACAAGGCAAAAAUCUCCAACCACCAACACCACCACAUCAUCUACAUCGGAUCAUCAACAUUUAACGGUUUCAGCAGCCUCGGAUGCUAUUCAUCACUUGAAUAAUUCCUCAUCAAAUACUGAUGAAGAGGGAAAUACAUCGUAUGUGAAGAGAGCCUCAUCAAAAUAUGACUUUGUUAAAGUUAGAGUUGGAUUGGAAAAUCACUAUUACAUUCUCUCUCGUUUUAUUGUCAGCAGAAUAUUAACGGUUAUUCAAGUCAAGUAUAAGGAUUCUAUUAAAAUUGCAUUGGAACUUAAAAAGACACUUGUAGAUUUAAAUUUAUUGAAUAUUUCUCAAGAAGAAUUGGAAAAACACUUGUUUAAUAUUAUGAGAAAUUAUGGAUAUGGAGAUCAAACAAUUACAAGAUACAAAUUAAUGUCUAAAUUUCACCACAAACGUAUUCCCUUGUUAAUUUUGGUUUUUGGAACUGGUUGUGUUGGUAAAUCAACUUUAGCCACUCAAUUAGGUGAGAGACUAAACUCACCUAAUGUUGUACAAACAGAUGUAGUUUUAGAUUUGAUUAAUUCUUUCAAUCUUCACACAACUAAGAAUAAUAGUGGCUAUGAAAAGCAAGUUCCUGUCUGGUUUUCAAAAUAUGAGGAUAGUGAAACAUUUCUAAAACAAUAUAGAGAGCAAUGUAUAUUUAUGAAGAAGGCCCUCCAAGGAGAUAUUGAGAAAUGUUUUGGUGAUGGUAAAGCUCUAAUUAUUGAAGGUAGUCACAUAGAUCCUGAAAUUUAUAAGGAUUUAUUCGACAAGUACAUUACCAAGACUUCAACAGAGGAAAACAAGGCAGAGGGAAUUAUUAUUCCAUUUUUCAUUUCCAUUUCCAAUAAGGAUGAACACGAACUGUUUUUUGAACAAUGGCUUUCAAAGAGAGAACAUGAUAUUUAUGAUAGUCGUACUCAUACAUUGGGUACAAAUUUUGAUGAGAAAUUGCAAACCCUUUCUCAUAAUUUCCAAGUAAUGCAAGAAUAUUAUGAAAAUGUGACGAAAAAUGUUCCAUACAUUCAUAAGGUAGAGAUUAAUCACAGAAGAUUGGACGAAACUCUUGACACACUGCAUAAAUAUGUCCUCGAUAAUAUUUUCUCAGUCGUGGAAAAGUUACAAGACUAA